AGCCCUCCCCCCCCGAGGGUCUUUUAUGCGCUGCCUGGAGCUUGGCUCCUCCGCCUUUGGAGCUCCGCGCCCCUCCGUGUGGUCGUCGCCCUCCUCCUCCUCCUUGGCCAGUCCCUGGCACCUGCCUGCGUCAGCCAAGAGCCGCCAGCCCAGCCAGCGCCCGGCCCGGCCUGCACCUGACCAGGAGCCGCGAGAGGGAGGGGAGGCAGGAAGGGAAGCCCGGGCAGCCGUGUCUCUCUCUCUCUCUUUCUUGCCUUGGGGAAGGACCCCGGAGCCCCUUCACGGCAGGAUGAAGUGGCUCAGCCUGAUCUUGGCCGCCCUGCUGCUGGCCUUGGCCGGCCCCGGGGCCCGUGGCCAGGAGGGGCUGGAUUUCCCCGAGUACGACGGCAUCGACCGCGUCAUCGACGUCAACAUGAAGAACUACAAGGCCGUCCUGAAGAAGUACGAGGUGCUGGCGCUGCUCUACCACGAGCCGGUGGGCGACGACAAGGCUUCGCAAAGGCAGUUUGAGAUGGAGGAGCUGAUCCUGGAGUUAGCGGCCCAGGUCCUGGAGGAGAAAGGGAUCGGGUUUGGCCUGGUGGACGCAGAGAAAGACGCUGCGGUGGCCAAAAAAUUAGGGCUGGCUGAAGAAGACAGCGUGUACGUGUUCAAGGAGGACGAAGUCAUCGAAUACGAUGGGGAAUUUUCAGCCGACACCUUGGUGGAGUUUCUCCUUGACGUCCUGGAAGACCCCAUAGAGUUUAUCGAUGGAGAAAAUGAGGUCGAAGCAUUUGAGAGUAUCGAGGAUGAGCCCAAACUCAUCGGCUACUUCAAGAACGAGGACUCUGAGCAUUUCAAGGCCUAUGUAGAUGCUGCUGAAGAAUUCCACCCUUACAUCCCUUUCUUUGCAACGUUUGACAGCAAGGUGGCGAAGAAGCUCUCUCUGAAGCUGAACGAGAUUGACUACUACGAGCCCUUUAUGGAGAAGCCGGUCACCAUCCCGGACAAGCCGAACAGCGAGGAGGAAAUAGUCCAGUUCUUGGAAGAGCACAAGAGGCCAACACUGAGGAAGCUGCACCCAGACAGCAUGUAUGAAACGUGGGAAGAUGACAUGGAUGGCAUCCACAUUGUGGCCUUCGCAGAGGAAGAUGAUCCUGAUGGUUAUGAGUUCCUGGAGAUCCUGAAAGAAGUCGCCCAAGACAACACAGACAACCCAGACCUCAGCAUCAUCUGGAUUGAUCCCGAGGAAUUCCCACUGCUGAUCCCAUACUGGGAGAAAACCUUCGACAUUGACCUAUCCCGGCCUCAUAUUGGCAUCGUCAACGUGACGGACGCCGACAGUGUCUGGUUGGACAUGGACGAUGAGGAGGACCUGCCCUCUGCAGAGGAGCUGGAAGACUGGAUUGAGGACGUGCUGGAAGGAGAGAUAAACACCGAAGACGACGAUGACGACGACGAUGACGACGACGAUGACGAUGAUGACGAUGACGACUAAGGGCUGGCCCCUCCCAUUUUUCGUGCAAGGCGGGCCCGUCUGGGGGGGGCUCCACCCAGGUCCCAUCUUGUCCUCCAGCACCACACAGCUGACCCAACCGCAGCACCUUUGGCCUGCACGAAAACGCCCCGGCCCUAGCCAGGAAAUAUUUUUAUAUUGAUCUUAUUUACGUCCAAGGCCCUCACUGCAGUCUGACCACGCUCCCUCCAGGCACGGCCCCCUCCGGGCCCCCACCUGCCCUUGAUGAGCCGCCCCUCUCCAGAUUCUCUCCAAAGGCUCCUCCGUCUGCCCUCCCGUUCGAUCUGCCGGAUGCCAGGGGAGAAUGCCACCUUUCCUGGGAGGGUGCCAACACCGGCCAAGUCCCUUCCUGGUCCUAGAAAGGAGGCAAGCAUCAGCCGAGGCACUGCUAGCCCUGCCUGAAGGCUAGAGGAAUUUCCCAUCAUGCACCCCGAGGCUUGGCCCUUGCCAUCCGCUCCUUGCUUCCUGUUUUGAGCUUUGGGGGCUCCUUAACAGGCAAGGCUGCCCUUAUCGGUGGAGGUCACCACGGCCCCCCUGUCUCUGGGGGCUACAGAAAAGGCGGAAUCUUUACAAACACGCCCGCCCCCCCCCCAUACAAUCCAGGCCUUGGGGUGGCAACAUCUCCACUCCAGUCUCCCGUGGCAACAAGGCGCUCAUCUUUUCAGGUAGAUAAGCCCAAAUCGCUAGAGGGCAGCACUUUAGUUUACAAAGAUAUUCAGCCGUGUGCAAAGAACAAAAACAGGAAAAGUGAUUGGCAAGUGAACAUCCCUUCAAAAUCACUGUUCCCCGAGUGAUUCUUCUCCUUUCACACAAAGAGACCCAAGGAAGAGGAUUUUGCUGUCCUAGUUCUUUGGUGUUGGGAACCGAUCUUUCGCUGAACUCUUCAAGUCCCAUUUUUUAGGAAGAGAAAUUUUGAGUCAUUUUGUUGAAUUAGUUGAAGAAGCGAAAGAUGCGCCAGCAGUAAAAAUCAGAUGAAAAUUAACUUCGGAGCUGGGGGGGGAGCAAAGAGAUUCAGGCUGUUUUCCUGCUCUCCUUAGUGAAGGGGGGGGAGCCAGCUCAGCAGGCAGUGAGGGGCGUAAUGUACAAUUUGUAUAUUUUUCAACACCUUUGUACAGAUCAAACCAAAGUGAUUAAAAAAAUGGAACAAUAAAA